GUUUCAACCUCAAGCCCAACCGAACAUUCUCAUUAGGCACCACUGACAGCUCUCCGCCCCCGUUCCAACACACCCAAUUCUCCAACGAACCACCCGCAAACAUCCCAAUGGCAACCCGCGCUCCCCUCCGGCCACUGAGCGCCGCCUUCCGCUCCGCUGUGCGGACCCCCCACCACGCAGCGGCGGCGCGGGGCUUCCGCACGACGGCGGCGGUGCCCAUCCGCGUGGGCGACCGGCUGCCGGACCUGGACGUGCUGAUGGAGGCCACGCCCGGCAACAGGGUGAACCUGGCGGAGGAGGCCGGGCGCACCAGCGACGCCGUCAUCAUCGGCGUGCCCGCCGCGUUCUCGGGCGUCUGCUCCGCCAAGCACAUCCCCUCGUACAUCCGCCACCCCGCCCUCAAGGACUUUGGCCUCGUUGCCGUCGUCUCGGUUAACGACGUGUUUGUUAUGAAAGCAUGGGGCGAGACUCUGGACCCAGCCAGCGAGACAGGCAUCCGGUUCCUCGCCGACCCGAGCGGCGCGUUCACCAAGGCCCUCGACCUGGCCUUUGAUGGGGCCGCCAUCUUCGGCGGCGACAGGUCGAAGCGGUACGCCAUCGUCCUCAGGGACGGCAAGAUCGAGUCCAUCGCGGUCGAGCCCGACAAUACGGGGACUAGCGUCUCCAUGGCGGACCAGGUCCUCGGUGCCGCCAAGAAGGCUGACUGGAAUGCCUGAGGGCAGGGACUGGAGAGGCUGCGAGAGCUUCCUUUACUAGGUGUGGAGGAGAGAGAGGAGCUUGGUACAUCUAUAUGUUUGCAUCCUUGUUUAUACGGUAUCUGGAUACCGUUUGAUAGGAUAUUUACCGUGCGGGUUGCUUAAAGUGUGUGCUAUGUAUGAUUGAUUCUAAGGCGGGUUGCAAAAGAGCAUCACUCCAUGAAAAGCGACAGGGCAACAGUAGUAAAAGCAGAGGGAGAGAUGUUACUUUCCCAACGAUUUGACGCCAAAUAGCGCAUUGACUCUGAUGAUUCCUAAACUCGAGUAAUCUUGCUACCCUUUUUAUCUAGCUUGGCAUCAUUUUGUGCCUGCGCAUUGAGCUGGAUGGCCUCCUUCAGCUUCAUCAUAACCUCGGGCUGGUUACUGAAUGCUCUUUGAAG